CUGACUGACAUCGCCGCAUCCCAAUCCCCAUCCCAUCACCAAACACACUCAACACCCAACCACCCGCAACCAUGGCCCUGGUCGCCUACUCCGACUCAGAAGGCUCCGACUCCGAGCCCGAGACCACCGUCCCACACCCCCCUUCUCAAAAACCCACCUCAACACCCUCCACCACCAGCACCGCAGCCUCCACCAGCGCAAACUUCCCCUCCAUUGUCGACCGCAGCAACCCGCGCAAAAUCCUCGUCGCCCUCCCGGACAUCAAGCCCGACCGGAACGACAGCGCAGAUGGUCCCGCGCCGAAAAAGCCCCGGCUAGGUGGCGCGGGCGGAGCCUUCUCGGGCUUCAAUUCGCUGUUACCUGCGCCGAAGAAACCCGCCGCCAGCGCGGAGAUGAAGAAAGCGCCGGCUCGCAAGAUAUUCAGUCUGAAGACGGGCGCGACACCGGGAUUCGAUCGGGCGGCUGAUGCGGAGAUGCGCAAUGAGCAGGCGUUUGGGAUGUUGGGCGCGGAGGGUAAGGGUGGUAAUGAUGGUGAUGGUGAUGAUGACGAGACAAUACCGAAGGCGGGGAGUUUGAGGGAGGAUGGUGAUGGAUCGAAGGAGGCGGAGGUUCAGAUGAAGAAACCGGAGGAGGUCAAGCUGAAGGGGAACCCGAUGAUGUUCAAGCCGUUGUCUGUGGGUCGGGCGUCGCAGCAGAAGAAAAGGAAGAUAGUACCGGCGAAGCCGGUGAGCGAGACACUGCCUGUUAGGGAACAGUCUGCCCCCGUGCAGCAAGCAGCUCCUGCUCCCGCUCCAGUGAAACCGAAGAUCAGCCUCUUCUCGCUGUCGGCGGAGGACUCCUCUUCCACCACAACGGCGAGCACCCGAGCGACGGACACGACCUACGAACCGCUGGUAUACACCGCCAACCCCGGCGCGGCGCCUGCCGGCCCUGAGCCGGAACCUGAGGGCUCAAGCUUCGCCGAACAGCCCGCCAUGGCGUCUGGUCAAACGCUUGGUAACAUCGCAGAUGACCUGAAUCUAUCAAAGGCACAGCGCCGGCAUCUGUUCGGACGGGAUGGCGGCUCGGCCACCUCGCGCGUGAUCCAGUUCAACACGGACAAGGAGUACGCGGCGAACCAGGAGAUGGCCCACAGUACGGACAUGGCGGCUGCGCAGCAUAACCCCGUCCGUGCGAUUGCGCCUGGAAAGCAUUCCCUGCAGCAGCUGGUCAAUGCGGCGCAUUCACAGCGGGAUGCCUUGGAGGAGAGCUUUGCGGCUGGGAAGAGGAACAAGAAGGAGGCUGGGUCGAAGUAUGGCUGGUGAUUGGGCUAGCCUGAUUUUGUGUUGUUGUUUAAUAAAGUUGCCAACGUUGGAUACCAAAGGUGCAGUGUAUGUAUCUUGCGGUUUGCAUGGGAAUGGGAGUUUGAUAUGCUACUUCUGGGUUUUUUUGCAACAUAGAAUUUAGCCGAUUGCUAUCGUCACAUUG